AAAGUACUAACGCUGCACUUGUUUACCAAAAGUGUAUCAAUAAAAAACUAUAUUAACAAAAUUAAUUGUAGGACAAUGGUUAUAAAAGCAUAUACUGAUUUACAAAGCGAAAUUGAAUAUAAUGAAGUUGAAGUUCCUAGACCAAAAAAGAGGCCACAUAAGAAUCAAAACGCAACAAACGCUAAUCAUGGAAAUUCGUGCCAAAAACCUACGUGCACAAAUAACAAUGAAUCCAGUGCAUCAUGUAAUAGCUCAUCAAGUAACAAUCAGCCUUUACAGAGAUUCAAUAAUUCCAUUCUGACAACGGACAUCAAUCAACAUCACCAUCCCGAAGAAACUGCUUCACAUCAUUCUUCUGUUCCCUAUGAAGGACAAAACGACGUCAUUGCUCAACCGUGUACUUCAUCUAACCAAUCUCGUAAUUUGCCAAAAAAGCGAAAGCUGCGCGUUCGCCGUGACCGUCAAGGUUCAAAGAAAAAAUGCGCAAAUUGCGAAAUGAGCGAACGCAGGUUGCGGCAUGCCGAAAAAAAAGACGAAACUAUCAGAAUGAGAAAUGAGUUACUAAGGAAAAAUAUUUUCCUCUUAAAUAUGAGGUCUGAACUGUUGUACAAUAUACUCGUCGCAAUCGAAUUAACGCAGCAGUAAAUUCGAAAACAUGGACUGGACCAUCUUCAUGAAAAGAAAAAUAGCAAUUAUUCAACAUUAUCUAUAAUCAUUUUAUUACUCACCAUUAUCUAUGUUUUUAAACAAUGUUUUUGUUGAAUCUUUAUAAAUAAAGUUAUGUAAGUAUCAAUCGAUAUCAUCAUUCGCAUCAAAUGAAUGCUCGUGUAAUAUACUAAUGUGUUCAAGU